AUGCCAAAAGUCAAAAAAGGAAAGGCAAUUACCCCCCCUAUGUCAAAAAAUGCUACACGGGUUUUGAAUUUAAUAAUGGCUAUAGGGUUUAUAUGCGCAAUACCUCAAAUUUUAACAACCGUUAUGACAAGUUGGAGAGAAGGGGAACCUAUUGAAUAUAAAUAUAUGUUUAGAGGAAGUGAACAUUCUUUAUAUGUUGAUUACACAUAUUAUGGAUUAUACAAAGUAAUAUAUGAUGAUAGACAUGUUGAAACAUGGACACAACGAGUUCAAAAUAUGAGAAAUAAAGGUAGUGAAGGAAUACAAGUAGGAAGAAAUAGCGAAUCGAGUGGAUCGUUAUCUUUAUGGACAUCUGCAUGUCAAGAACCAUGUAGGGAUUCAAUAAUAAAACGUAUAGAAGCAUAUGAACGAGUUUCAUUUAUUUCAUUAGUUUUGUUAUGUGGUAUUGUUUUAGCAUGCUCUCUUGUUGUUAUGUGUGUAGGGUGGAAUAUAUUAUUUACAAAAAACAUUUUAAUAUCAAUGGGGUGUUUUAUGUUAUCUUUUAUAAUUAAUGGUGGAAUAGGAACAUAUUGGUAUUAUGAAACAGAUUUAUCAUGGAAUUUAGUAACAAAAUCUCAACAAUAUCCAUUUCCAAAAUGUUCAUAUAGUUUUUAUAUUUUUAUGAUAACAACCUGUAUAUAUGGUUUAUGUUUUAUUGGUUUAUUAUUGUUAGAUUUAUCAAAUAAAAAUUCACAAAAAAAAUCAUAUAUUAAUCAUGGAAAUACCAGAAAUAUGAUAUUUGAGGAAGGAAAGAAUAUGGCUUAUCAACCAUUAUAUGACCAUCAAAAUAGUAUGAUGAUGCCAAGGAGUGCCAGUUAUUCAAAUAUGAUGCAUUUUGGAAAGGGAAUGGAUAAUUAUCCUUCUAGUUUUAUUCCAUAUAACAAUAGUAAAAUGAAUAUGAACAACCCUAUGGGAAUUAAUAAUUCAUUAAAUAUGAUGGGGAAUAAUGUCGGAGGUUAUCCAGGAUUUAGAAAUAUGCCAUCAGGAAUUGGAAAUGGAAAUAUGAUGAUGCCUCAUCAAAACAUGAAUCCAAUGUUUUCACCACAAAUGUCAAGACAAUUUUCAUAUUCAGGAUCGCAUUCAAUGGGUAAUUUUGGAAUGAUAAAUUUCCAAAAUAGAAAUAUUCAAGAUAUGCGAGCUAUGCCUGAUCAAAGAGGUUAUUCACGUAUGAGUUUUGAUGUAAAUAAUCCAUAUGGUUCUCAAAAACAACACAUGUUUUAA